AUGGAGCUGCUGGGGGCUCUGAGCCCCCCGUGGUGGCUCCUGCCGCUCCUGCUGCUGGCCCUGCUGCUCCGGGCCACCCGCAGGAGCCCCUGGGACCCCCGCAAGUGUCCCGCCGACCUGACGGGCAAGACAGUGAUUGUCACCGGAGCCAACAGCGGCAUCGGCAAGUGCGUGGCCAUGGAGCUGGCCCGCCGCAAUGCCCGCACCAUCCUGGCGUGCCGGAGCCCGGAGCGGGGCCAGGCGGCCGUGCGGGAGAUCCGGGCGGCCACCGGGAACCCGGCGGUGCUGCUGAGGCUGCUGGACACCGGCUGCAUGGCCUCGGUGCGAGCCUUCGCCGCCGGCGUGCUGCGGGAGGAGCCGCGCCUGGACGUGCUGGUCAACAACGCCGGAGUCACCGGGCUGCCCUUUGCCAUCACGUCGGAAGGAUUGGAGCAAACCUUCGCCACCAACUACCUGGGCCACUUCCUGCUCACCAACCUGCUCCUGGAGCUGCUGAAGGCCUCGGCGCCCGCCCGGGUGGUGAACGUGUCGUCGUUCCGGCACAGCGUGGGCACGGCCGACAGCGGGUACCUGACGGGGCAGCGGCGCCCGGGCGGGCACGACGCCGCCUACAACAGCACCAAGCUGAUGAACGUGCUCUUCACCGCCGAGCUGGCACGGCGCCUGCAGGGCACAGGGGUGACGGCCAACGCGCUGAGCCCGGGCGUGGUGAGCACCAGCAUCAUGCGCCACUUCAGCCGGCCCGUGCGGGCGCUCUUCGCCCUCCUCCGUCCCUUCAUGAAGUCACCCCAGCAGGGCGCUGCCAGCACCAUUUUCUGCGCCAUCUCGGAGGAAGCCGAGGGCAUCAGCGGGAAAUAUUUUGACAGCAGCUGCCGGCUGGCGCUGCCCUCGGAGCUGGCCCGUGAUGCCGCGCUGGCUCGGAAGCUCUGGGAGGCAUCGGAGCGGCUCACGGGGCUCACGGAGCAGGGCUGAGCCACCGGGAUGUCACCUGUCAGCGCGGGAAUGGGGACAUGGAAGCUCGGGGAGCCAUCGGAGCGGCUCACGGGGCUCACGGAGCGGGGCUGAGCCACCGGGAU